UUUAUUGGUUCUGUAGCGGGAUAUUUUCAUUGACCACAAGGACAAACCAUUGCUUUAUGGAUAGACUACCAAUUGAUUAUCAACUGGGCCACUUGGUGGAGGCCCCUACGUACAUGUACCUGUAAUACCAUGGUGGUCAUUUGUCCUUUCUAUAUGCAUGGAGCUACAUGUACUCCAUGACAAUACACACAGAUAGGGGUUGCACAAUAUGAGCGAAUGAUGGACCUGAAAACUUUCUAGAAAUCUUGUGCCAGGUGUGACUCCACACUAAAGUUUGCCUCAUACGCAUUGCAAUCUCUCCGACGACAGUGCCUGCCCUGAACUUUUUUAUCGUCGCUACAAACCGAAAUAACUGGCAGUAUAAACGGUCGAGUUCGCUGUCCCAUAAUUGUUUUUAUGUGAUCUGGUGGCAAGCAUGAUUGUGAAGAUCUUGAGAGAGCUAGGCUACGGAUGGGUGCCAACUGCUGCUGGGGCAUCAAUACUGAUAGGCCUGGUCGUUCCGUACAUAAUCGCGGUUCGGUCCAACCACGUGUAUUAUUUGCUGCCAUGGGUAAGCGACACCGGUGCCCUACAGCCUGAGAGCUGCGUAUUCGGCCAAAUGCUGAAUGUUGGAAGUAUUCUAGUUGGAGCGACAAUGUACCUGCGCUACAGGCAAAUAGUCCAGCAGAGCAACGUUAUUUCAUCCAAGGUGUUAAAGUGGAACUCAUUGUCUGUCAUACCGGGCUCCCUGGCAGUCUUGGGCCUCAGCAUUUUGGCUAACUUCCAGGAGGAUUUGCAUCAUCCGGAAUCCUUACAAAAUGCGAUCCAUGCAGGUGGCGCUGUGACGUGCUUCGUUUUCGGUGUGGUCUAUGGCUAUUUCCACAGUCGCAUCUCCUAUGCACUGUCUACCGAGUUCUGGUCAAGGGCUAUGGCUGUGCUGCGCUUCACCCUUACAGCCCUGACCGGCAUUUUCCUCGUCAUAACCUUGGGUUUGGCGAGUGUAGCUUUUGAAGAAUUCAACGGAACAUUUGCUGAGCACAUGCAAUGGAGGCCGGAAGACAAGGGCUAUGAUAUCCACAUCAUCAGUGCGAUUGCGGAGUAUUUAAUGAGCCUGACGUACGUGAUCUUCAUCCUCACGUACUACGACGAGCUGAGGACGAUCAAGCAAAUACGAGAUCUAUUCUGUCCGGCAAAAUCCAAGAUGUCGCCGACCGACUACAGCAAGUGAUGUCUUUGAUGAAACAUUCACGUGCAAGAAUUAUGAAGUUUUAACAUGAAAACUAAAUUAAUUGUUUUUCAAGACUAAAGCUUUGUAAAAGCUUUUGAGUGUUUCGUAGGACGAUUAGCUAAAAACCUCGUACCGGACUUAAUGUAUUUUUAACGUUGUUUUUCAUAGUAACAUCUGGGUGGGAAAAUUGCUUCCUGUGUCCCAAUUUGAUAUUGUAUACUUGGUGAUUUUAUUUCUAACGUGUAGUACGUGUUUAAACGCUCAAUAUGAAUUAUAACGCCCACUCCUCCAAAAACAAAAUCCAACCAAAACAAACUACAAGUGGUUACAAAACACCCCCCCCCCCCGACUGACCAAUGGCCAUGUUCUUCAUUACAAUGUAUUAACAUAUAAUUGAAUAAAAGUCCUUAAAUUAUAAUAUAAUGAAUUUGUCAUCAAAUAA